AUGGAGUCUUCUCCGAAACUCUCUAUUCUCUUAAUUCUCUCGCUCUCCAUAAUCAUCUCCUCCACUUCCAUUGACGGCGUAGAAACCACCACUUUCGGCUCAAAUCUCUCUCCGCAAUCACCUCAACCACAAAUCUCCACCUCCGAUCACUUCCACGACCAUUCGUUCUCCUCACACACAAAUCUCCUCGCGCCAAUCCUCUCUCACCUAGGAUUCACUCAACUCGCAAUGGCGGUUCCAUCUCUCCCCGCUGAUUCCACCACCACGGCCUGGUCAGGUCCUUCCACUCUUUUCGCUCCUUCCGAUUCCUCUCUCCGUACCUGCUUCUCUUGCUCUAUCCCUGACCUCCUCCACGAACACAUCGUACCCGGUCUCUUCUCCAUCGAUUACCUCCGUAAACUCGCUUUCGGUACCAAAAUCGAAACGCUAAGUGCUGGCCGUUGUAUAACCGUCACUUCCACUUCACUAAAAAACGUCUCCGCCACUCCUUCCACCGUCAAGGUCUUCAUAGGAGGCGUAGAGAUCACGCAUCCUGAUCUCUUCAACAACGGUGUCUUAAUCAUUCAUGGCAUCCAAGGCUAUAUUGCACCACUCUCUCCAUUCUCUUGCGAUUUUGAGAGAUUGAGCUCUCUUUCUUUUCCGUUUCAAGAGGGCGUGACUCCUCACGUGACCUCAACUACUCAUCAACAGGGUAUCGGUACUCUGGUGCAGCCUGCUAUAAUGCGUCUGAUGUUACGUGAUGCAAUGCUUAGGUUGCGUAGUAAUGGAUUCACGAUUCUCUCUCUUGCAAUGAGAGUGAAGUACCCUGAGCUAACGAAUCUGGUUAAUAUGACUGUGUUUGCUCUUGAUGAUGUGUCGAUCUUCUCUGGAUCGCAUGGGUAUAUUAGCAGCGUGAGAUUCCAUAUUGUGCCUAAUCAUUACUUGAGCACUGCUGAUUUAGAGAGGCUUCCUGUGGGGGCUACUUUGCCUACGCUAGAGAGAGGUCAGGCUUUGGUGGUUACUUCUGCUGGUGGAUUGACUGGAUUCAAUACCGCGGUGCCGAUGAGGAUCAACUAUGUGAGAGUUAAGGUGCCUGAUGUGAUGAGGAACUUGAAGAUAGUUGUUCAUGCUGUUUACUUGCCUUUCCCAAGGAUUCAUCCCACUUCUGCUGCUGCUUUUGAUGAGAUGAUGGGCAUUGGUGGUGAAGGACAGAAUAUAGUGGCAGCGGAAGCUGGUGCUUGUUCUGCGGUUUUUGAGGAGGACGGUAGCUGUGGGAUGGUGCCUCCUAUGCCAGCUCAGGUCAAGCCAUCUGUGGUGGUGCGGAGUGAUGAAGAUCACCAUGGCCUGUAGAUGUUUGUUAUGAUGGUGACGUGUCCUAUUUGGAUUGGUAGUUUUUGUUGCCCACUGUUAGUCAAUAGGCAGUCAGUGUCUGUUUUUUAGCUGAAAGAUCUGUUUGUUUGUUUGUUUGUGUUCUCUUAGCUAUGCUUUGUAGUUAAUGGACAGUGGCCAAGCGAGACAGUCUCAUGAGUAGUAUUAUGAAAUUUGGU